AUGGCACUUGAACCUCGCCAACUGGCGCCUCCGGGCAGCAGUACCUACAAUUCAGACACCAUGCACGUUGGCGAUGGAACAUGGGAUGCGGGAAGAGACAGCUUUCUCCUUGCCAAUCUGGUUGGUUUCAACUUUGCGACGAUGAGAUAUAAUGGGAUGGGAAAUCGUUUCUUGACCAUGGAAGGUUACCACGGCCUAGUCAAAGCGCAUGGCAUUCUCGCAGCCAUAACGUUCCUCCUUGUGAUCCCCGCCGCAAUCUUCUUCAUGCGCUUCAAUAUCUACCGAGCGAACCCUCGUCGAGGUGCCCAGUUACAUGUAUGGCUACAGAUUCUAGCACUGUUUCUAGCAACAGCUGUGUUGAUUCUAGGAUGGUUCCAGGUUGGGCGCCAGAGAAGCCUGACAAACCCACAUCAUGGCAUUGGUGUCGCUAUCUACGUCCUGCUCUGGGUGCAGUUCAUCUUUGGAGUUGUCCUGCGCAGAAUCGACAGAGGACGACCUAGGAAGAUCUAUGUGCCAUUAAAAGCAAUGUUACAUCAUUGGUUGGGAAGAGCUAUUGCACUUUUGGGCAUUGUACAGGUCGCGCUGGGCCUGACUUUGUACGGUUCUCCUUUAUUUCUGUUUAUUCUAUAUGCUUUCUGGGUCUUCCUACUGGUGCUACUGUACUUUAUCUUACAAUGGCGCCACGAGAAGAGAAAAGCUCAGAUUGCACCAGGCCGCAGUCACUACAGCGAAGAGGUUAUCACUCAACAACGUCCCAGCAAGCAUACUGGCUUUGGAAAGCUGGCUACUGCUGGAGCUGCAGGAGCUGGUCUUGCCGCAUUAUUCAACCGUCGCUCGAAACCUAAAAGACGAUAUUCGGAGAGUGAUUUGACUUACACAAGCAGAUCUUCCUCUUCCUCUUACCUGAACGAGAAGCCAGGCAGACCUCAAAAUCGAGCAGGAUUUGGACAGCGCAUACUCCAGGUAGGUGCGAUUGGAGGAGGCCUAGCAGCUGCAAAGUCCUUGUUCGGUCGGCGCAAAGCUGGGAGAGACGACGAAUCAGAGAUCGAACCCUAUCGACCGCCACUUGGUGGUCAUACCUCGAUCAUGUCCGAUUCAAUUUCACGUCUGGAGGAGGGACGGCCUCCACGACCAGUAACCCCACCAGGUGGGGGACUGACAGGCAUGGCAGCAGUGAGUGGCGCAAGACCAGCUCACCCAUUAGCGCAGCCUCCUAUGACUCCAGGCUCUGGCCGACCGUCAGAUGAAUACUCGUACUAUGACUACAUGUCAAGUUCGCCGUCACGUCAAGGUCGGCAUCAAACAUUCAAGCAGGCUGUUGCCGCUGGAGGCGCAAUGUAUGCUGUGAGACAGCUUUUCAAGGGAAGACGUCAAAAGAAGGAGGAAGAACGCGCAGAUGAUCUAAGACAUCAACGUAUUGAAGAGGAGAAGGUUGCACGCAUGAACUCAAAACACAAAUACGCUGGGGAUGGUACUACACCUCCUCGUAGACCAAGACACAAUAGGCUCGCAAGUCAGACAGCAUCAGAUGUAUCCAGCUUGAUCGAAGGCUCUGUGCAACGACCUGGCAUGAGUGGUAUGAGCUCAGGUGUGCCUAUCACCGGUACUGCUGGUGCUGCUGCAGCAAGUGCAUUGUCAGAUCGAAGCAGGAUACGACCUGUCGGUGCAGACCCUCCCAUUGCACCGCCUGGCCCGCCGUCCGCUAUGGUGUCCGACCUUCCACCUGUGCCGCCACCCCAUGGUACUGACAUCGCAUCUUCCGGUAGUGAGCUUUACACCACAGCCUCUGGACGUCAACGGCAUCGUCAUCAUCCUGGUGCAGAAACAGCAGCAGUCGCGGGAGGUGCCACAUUAGCAGCUGCUACAUUAGAUCCGAGACGAAGAAGACAAGAGGAUGUCCACACUGACUCGCUAGAAUCACCACCUGUCAGCAUACAUGUUAAGACACAAGACAACGGACGGAAAGUAACACUAAGACGACUUACUGAAGAAGAGGCAGCAGCACAACGAGCAGCACGUCGCCAAGAGAGGCGCGCCUCUCGCCGAAGACGAAACUCCAGCCUCAGUAGCAGUGGUGGUGAAGGCCUAGGGCCAGAUGACAGAUGGCGCCGAAAUGAGCAGAUAGAAGCUGCCCAGCAGGCUGCUCUAGAUCAUGACCAUUCACUUUCGACACUACGUCCAUCCACUGCACAUAUCGUACCAUCGGAAUAUCCAACUCCUCCUCCGCCAGGUACACAAGCCAUCGACCCGCAAACGGGAGCCACUUAUGCAGUUCCCAUGCCACCACCUAUACCAGCUUCAACGAGUCAUCUCGCAGGACCUGCUGGAAGUGUGAGUGUCACUAGUCCAGGUACAGAAACCAGUGGGCCGAGUGAGUAUGCGAACAAUCGAAGGAGGAGAAGAGCGGAAAGAGCGCAGGCGAGAAUAGCUAGGGAAGGGAGAGGAGGUGCGAGCACAAAUACGGUCGAUUUUACGUGA